UCGCCGGAGUCUCCGGGCCGCGGUCUCCGGCGCGCCAGCUUCGCGAGCUCCUCCAGCCCCACGCCUGCGUCGGCCGCGGACAGGCUCCUUCGGCUUCCGGAGACCGUCGAGGGAUGUCCGGGAUGUCCGCUGCCUCCAGCAUGAGGGUCUUCCUUCCGGUGCUGCUGGCCGCCCUCCUGGGUGUGGAGCAAGGCCACUCCCUGGUCUGCUUUUCCUGCGUCAAUCAGCAAAGCAAUUUCUACUGCCUGAAGCCGACCAUCUGCUCUGAUUCAGACAACUACUGUGUGACCAUGUCCGCCUCGGCUGGCAUCGGGAAAGUGGUGGACUUUGGCUACUCCCUGAACAAGGGCUGCUCCCCGGUCUGCCCCGGCCCCAGCAUCAACGUGGGCGUGGCCUCCGUGGGCACCCACUGCUGCCAGAGCUUCCUGUGCAACUUCAGCGCGGCGGGCCGUGGCCCCCAUGCCAGCGGCCCGCUGCUCGGCCUCGGGCUCCUCGUCAGCCUGCUGUCCGUGCUGCUGCUGCAGCUCAGCCCUUGACCACGCAGGCCCCGCCCGGCCCACGCCUGUGCUCAGGAAGAACCCCCCCAUCCCUGGAGGCCCCGUCUCCAGCUCCUGCUCGUGCCUAAGCUCUCCCCAGAGACCAGUCUCCACCGCCAGGCCAGCACCGGCCCGGCCUCCCCUAGGUCACUCACGUGACCUUCCUUGGGGGACCAGGGGAGGGAUGGGGGGUCCCCUUCCUGUGGGCCCCAGGAGGCUGUGCCGGGUGUGCAGUGGUGAGAACGC